CAUUUUCCUGUAACAAAAUCAAUAAUUAUUUUAUUUUUCUGGAGGUUAGACGCAAAACCAUCGUGUUUCUUAUUUGUGAUUGACAAAUGCUGGAUCCUCUCUCUAAACGUCAUCUGAUGAUAUCUAAAAGGAAAAGUUUGUCUACCGUAUCUAUACUGAUAAAGUUCACAUAAGAAAAUCAAUCGGUAAAUAAAAAUGUAACGAAUCCACGUUAAGGAAAACCUUAGUCCGCCCUCGUUCACUGCUAAGUGCUAACACCGAACUCUAAAUUCUGACAGUUUAACCACACUGACAUUAUGGGAAGAUCAAAGUUUAGUUUUAGAAAUCCAAGUGUCGGUCGCUGCACAAUUUUUGUUGCUGGUCUGUUGUCUUUGGUGAAUUUAACAAUAAUUUUUUACUGGUCGCUCGAGCAGCCUACAAGACAACAGCUGUUAAAAUAUUUUUCACUACAGCAUCAAGAAAAUAGUGAAGCACACGACCAAGUAUAUGUGUCCAACGUUUUAGAUAUUGCUUACCGACCGUGGGAAGACGAUCCUGAUUGUCGGGAAUACACCGUCGGAUUCAUCCGCAAUGGAUCUCGUCCCAUGAUGGCUCUCAUGUCCUAUCCAGGAAGCGGAAAUACCUGGAUACGUGGAAUUAUCGAACGACUGAGUGGUUACUUUACCGGAAGUAUCUACGCAGAUAAAAGCCUCUACGUGAAAGGAUUUUACGGUGAAGUAGUGCCCAUCGAUUGUGGAUGUACUAUUGUACAGAAAACGCACGAUUUUCAGAAAAACGAUUACAAACCAUUCGUUAACAAAAGCGCCAUCCUCAUCAUCCGCAAUCCGUACGGCGCUCUCGUCUCUUACCGAAAUUUUAUGACUACCGGAUACAGUCACACGGCAUCCGCUUCGCCAACUCAGUUCACUGGGAUAAGUUGGAAAAAGUUUGUAACGAAAGAAAUCGACCGAUGGAAAACAAAGGCACUGGAGUGGAUCCCCAAAAUCGGACACGGAGGCAUUUUACUGUACGAGGACUUGAAGAAAGAUAAGCGGAAUCAAUUCCGAAAUCUCAUGCGGUACCUUGGAUUAGAAGUGGACGAACGGCGGUUGGAUUGCGUAAUCAAACAUGAUUUUUCUUCAUUCAAACGAAAUUCAACUCGUUCUACCACGAAUGAAACAAUAAGGGAUCCAUUUGAUUCAUUGUUGAGAGGCAUCAUCGACAAGGAAAUUGAAAUCGUUCAGAAAGCCCUAACGGACUACGGCUAUGAUCUUAAGCUGCUGAAAGAAUAAACUUUCGCAUCGUGGCGUAACACAAUAACUGGCCAGCAUUGAAAGAAGACUGAAUAAUAAUUAAAAAAAAAAAAAAAAAAAAUACUUCUCGUUUCAGUAUAUGAAACUGUUGAAAGAUAAACCCGUUAACUGGUAAGUCGCAGAUAUUAUUGUUGAUCUUUUAACACGGAUUCUAAAAUCGAAAACCUACACAAAAAAAGGUAUUUGAUUAGUUAACUGGGAAAUAUUAAAUCGCUAUCUAAACUAAGGGUUAAUUGAGACAGAUCCAACGUGGGCAGGGAAUCGUUAUCAUAAUAAGU